AUGGCGGUCCCGUUGGCCCCGUCGAGAUUCACGUACCUCCCUAUCCUCCCCUUGUCCUCAACUCCGAACCCGACACUGGGCCCGACCUUCACCAUCCUCGCUCACGCCCAGACCGAUGCCGCAAUCUCUCAGGUCAGAUCAACCCUCAUCAGAGCCCCCCGAGCCCCCUCGAUGACGACCAACGUCGGCCUGGGACCCAGAGUAGCCUCCUACACCGCGAUCUACGUCGCCACGAGCCCCUCGGCCUCCAGCGCGCCCGAGAAGCCCAGGCUCCGCGACCCCGUCUACGGCGACCUCACCUGGUCCUACAUCGUCAUUCUCUGCGUCCCCUUCGUCUUCCUGGGCCUCGCCCUGUACACGAACCACCGCGACCGCCGCCGCCGCGUCGCCGACGAGGACAUCGAGAUGCAGCCCUACAAGAAGUACUGGUUCCCCUGGCGCGAGCUCGACCCGGGUGAGGUGCCCAACGAGGUGAGUUCAUCCAAUCCCCCCGUUCCCAACCCCGACCCCGAACGCCGCCGCCUCUCUCGCAAGGGAGACAGACACGCGUGGCAACCCUCCAGGAAGGACCCCAUGCCUCCUGUGACCCUCUACGAGAACCCUCCCUCCUGGGGCCGUCGCCACUCGUGGUGGGACGUUGUCGCCUACCCGUCUCGCCCAGCCCCCCUGAUGCCCGAACGCCAGAGACAAGCAGCAGCCGCAGCCGCUGACCGCCAUCGUCGCAACGACCAGAUCUACGGCCGAACCGGAUCCCGCCGCAACGCCGGCCCGGAGAACGACCUCGCCAGCGCCGACGGCUCAGACUCGGACAACGACUCCACCACCGCCAACACCGGCCGCUUCUCCCCAGACAUUGAGGCCCCCAAGAACCGCAACAACGGCCGAAUCGACGACGUCCGCAACGGUGACAACACCAACAACACGAGCCCGAACCCUUGGAACACCCAUAUCCCCUCCUACUACGGCGACUUCCCCUUCCCCGUGUCCCCCGUCUCCGUGUCUUCUCCCUCCAAAGACACCGUGGCCGGCCCCAGUUCCAACAGCACCAGCGAGACGAAGGCCGAGGCUAAGAUUCAGGCUCAGGCUCAGGCCCAGGCCCAGGCCCAGGCCAAGUCUUCGACCGUGUCCCAGCCCAAGCCCCAGCCUCGGCCUCAGACGAAGGCCCAAGCCCCUAUCCGGCGCCGCACCGAACGCGUCCGCAACCGUUUCGACUUCCCUUCUUCCUCCUCCGACGAGGACGACGCCGCCGCCGGCCAGCCCGCCGAGCCCCAGAAGCAACACUCCUACUACGCCGACCCCCGCACCCGAGCCGGGAAGCAACCCGUCAAGCCCUAG